AUGGUAAGUAUUCAAUAUAAAAAUAUUGAUAACAAGGUUAAGAAAAAAAAUAAAAUAGGUAAAGAGCCAUUUUUAUCCAAGAAUGUAAAUAGAAUCAGAGGAACUGAAGGGAUUCGAAAUGUUAAAAUUGAAAAUAUGACAGGGAGACAGUUACAAAAUAAACUGUCUUUAAAAAAAGAAAGCGAUAUUUUAUAUGAUGAUAGUGGAGAAAGGUUAAGCUUCAAUCAGAAGUAUGGACAAACAGAGGGUAAUCAUGUUUUUUCAACUAAAUUGAAUAGUAUUCGCACUUCAUUGUCAUCAAGAAAUUUGAAACUUUUGCAAAGAAAUAUUGGGGAAUUGGAAACAGCUAGUGAUAUAUGUUCACAUUAUCUUUGUAGUAAUGAGAAUAUGAAAACAGUGGAUUUUUCAAGACUAUGGUUUCUGUUUGAGUUAGAAAUGUCAGUGAAUGGUGGUAUUAAUCUAAGAAAUGAAUGUUAUUAUAAAAAAGUAUAUGCUAAGAUCGAUCCAAAUUGGCCACAAAGCAAUUGUUUAAAAGAAAAAUUACCUUCAAAAAUAUUUGAAAUGCAGCUAACGCACAUUAUUUUACCUAAACCAAUUAAUAUUGGGGGUGCUUACUACCAUCAAAAAAAUUCCACAGAUUUGUCAGAUAUGUCUAUUUUGAUUGAGAGUGUAAUAGAGGAUGAGUCAUUUUUGGAAACUACCAAACAGAAAAAAAUUCCAAGUAAUUAUCUAGCGGUUAGAGAUAAGAAAAAAGUAUUUGAUACAAUUAAUAUCAAUGUAACAAGCAUUUUAAAUGAAAAAAGCUCCCCUUUAAAUGAUAUAGAAAAAAAAGCUCUUAACAGAAAGUGGUUCCAGUAA